AUGAUCAACGAAAGCGUAAAGUCACUCAAGAAAGAGCAAGUAGUGUCGCCGGUGGUGUCGCGGCCCGUUACACCCCCAUUGGUGGCCGCGAAUCGGCUAGUGCAGGCAUGCAAGGACGAAGACACACUAUACAAAUGCGCAUCAAGCGAUUCCAUGGACAACCUUCGGGCUGCACCUCCCAGCGAGUGGCUACGGACGUCUCGCAAAUACAUAGUGGAGGAUGAAUCCCGGUACGGGUGUCGCAGCGAAAGUUGUGCUGUACAGAGCAGCGGGAUGACUACGUUUCUGCGUCCCCGCAUGCGUUACACUGGGUACCAGAUCUCGGGCUACAAGAAGUACCAGGUGAUGGUGACGCUGCAGACCGCAGAUCUGCCCCAUGGCGAGUGCACGGUCGCGUCUCCACAUGUCACGGGGUUUCUCACGAUUCGCGGCCUGACCAACCAGCACCCUGAAAUCACCACUUUUUUCGAAGGUUUCGCCGUCAUGGACACCGUGGGGUUUCUCUCGAGCGCGAUGCCCGCGGAGUUGGGCGCCCUCAAGGGCCACGACCAAAUUGAUCUUGAGCACUGGCUCAACUUCCCAUGUUUCAAAGAGUUGUGUAUGCACACGGGCGACGGCGCAGACGGCAACAAUGUGCUUCACAGUAUCAUCAACGGCACCUACACGCACCGCGACUACUUGUCGAACCGCUUCAUCUACAUGCGUUGGAAGGAAAAGUUUUUGGUUCCCGACGCAGAGAUUGAUUCCGUCGAGGGCGCAUCUUACGACGGUUACUACUACAUCGUCCACGACCAGGCGACGGGCAACAUUCUCGGCUUUUACUACCACAAGGACGCGGAGAAAUUUCAACAACUUGAGCUUGUACCAGUCUACGACCAAUGCUCCGGCGACUGCCAGUUUGAGUUUAAUUAA